UCAUCUUCUGAAGCUUGCGUAAUUUUAGGCUGUCAUUCAACCAGGUGCUAUACCAUAACACGCUGUGAACCUUCAGUUUGAAAGGAGAACAAGGACAGUUCUGUGAAUUUCCUGUAAAUAAGAUUAGUUGACGCACAAUGGAUGUGAACACACCAGAAACUGGCAAGUUAAGACAUCGCCUAUCAGAAAGAAGAGGAUUAGGUUCAUUGACACUCAAUCAAGACGGUGUGUCCAAGUUGGAAAGCACCGCCAACUUAUGUACGGGAAAGUGGACUCGGUUUGCUGGCGCCGGGAUCGAUGAUGGGGCACGGAAUUAUCUUCCCCUGGUGUCAAAAAGGGAGAAAAUGUCCUAUUUCCGGUCGAUGCAACAACAUGGCAGCACCGAUGUCGUCACUGUCGAGGAGUUGAGUCGCGACUGCCCUCCUGCUGGCCUUAGCCCUGCUUCAUCUCCUAGCUCUAAAUAUAGAGCAUCGCUGCCUGGCUGCAGUCCACGUUGGCCACACACCUACCACCACGGAACUAUCUUUAGUUUUCCCUCCUUGCCGUCGUCUUCAGUAUCGUCGUCCUCCACUUCCUAUCGACGGCGACGCCGUUCUCUCUUCUACCCGUUCUCGUCUGUCGGAUUGUUAGCUUGCAGCCGCUACGCGGCCAGUCGCCGUCUAUCCACUGUGGUUGAGAAGCCCGUCGGCGAUGCUUCCAUUCAACUGGCUUAUCCAAUUCAAAAUUGUGCCUUACUUGUCGGUGAUAAUACAGUUCUCAAUAGGUCACCGUUCGAUCUCAGGCCUUUGCCAGACUCCGGAUAUAAGGACGGCUCAUCAGAGUUUUUAGGUUCACCCUGUUCACUAGGCCUUUCACGAAUUGUGCCAGCAGCCACUUUGAACGCCAAUCCCUCAACCCCGUCGUUAUUGACGCAAUUUUCUCCGCCACCCAACAGUGAUAGCAGUUUGACUAUUCUUCAACAGUCAGCCUCUUCUGAUGAUGAAGCACAGCAACAUUUAAGUUGGCAACAACAGACAGCAGCAGCGUCGCUCUACCGCUGCACUAAACAUAGUUCUCUUCGCGUAGUCGACCUACCUUCGCACCGCCAUCAUCAGCAGUCGGCGUACCGUGUGGAUAAUAAUAGAACCACUGGUGAUUUCUGUACAAAUCGGGCUCGGGUCGUAUCACUCAACCCCAGCGGGGGCACACAGAUCGAAAAAUCUCGUUCAUUAACUCGGUCCGAUCACAAACGAAACGAGAUUUUUGACGCGGUGGUGGCCAAUCGCGAACCUCACUUAGUAGAUUCUCCGAGGCUGCCAGGAGCAUUGCAAGAGCCCAAUGUUUUGAGCGUUUGUGCUAACGUGGUUUGGGGGCCACUUCCUUAUGUUGACACUUCUACCCAAACACCAAUGGAUAGAAAGUCUCCGACACCAAUGACGUCUUUAUCUUACACGGCGUUAACGUCGUCGCCUCACGACUCAAGCGCUACUUGCGCGCCUGUCGACGGUACGGAAGUGGCCGCGAGUCAAUCACCUUCACUAACUCCCUCUGCACCCACACAGAAAGCUCAGCAUCACGUCAACAGUCAAAACCAGGAGAUGGUCUGUGAAACUUACUGCUCCGAAAGCUGCCAAGAGCAAGACGCAAUAUGCAGUGACUUCGCACGGCUGCAUGGCUCCAUCUGCACGUCUACUACGAUGGCGAAAGCUACGCCGUUUGCUGACCAAAAGCCUAGGCUGUUUACGAGAAAUACCAGUGGCCGAGCUAGUAGCCAAUCUCUUCCCGAGCCAAUAAAAAAAACUAAGAAAGAUACGCUUUACGUGACGUUAACUGAACCCCUAAACGAAAAGGUUGUAGAUAAUAUUUCUUUUCCUCAUCGACCUGCACGGUCUCGUUCACCUAAUACAAGUUCCAGUAAUUGUUACAGCGAAGCCGUCAGAGAUCGACGGGCUUAUAGUGCAGACCGGCCAAUAUGUUCUCCAUAUCCGAAUUCUGCAAUCGACAUCAUGGAGAAAGUUGACGAGAGUGGCCCAAGUAGAGCCGUCACUUAUCCUAAAGCCAACAUUGGAUCAACUAAAGUUGAAAAAUUGCGCCAACUAACUCGAAGGCUUCGGCCUUCCUCGUCGUCAACGCACAUAACCGGGAAAGGCAGGUCUCCCGAGCCUACGCAACUAGCGUCCGCCGAGGAGUCAAUCCGACCUCCAUUACCUCCAAUCCCUGUUGCUCCCCCACGCCAACCUCGUCUUCGUUCCGAACGGAAAAAAUCUUCCCGUUCUAAAAAAGAUUCCGCCACAUCCACAUCCGACCUUGUCCUUCCAGGAAGAUCUAACGCAUCAGCACAAAAUACAACAGAGGCUGAUUUUUCUUACCCUAAAAACGAGAACUUCUUGGAGAACGGCGAUACGACAGGCGUAAGCAUUGUUCCAGACGCCACGCCGGCAUCAGAAGGAUCUCUGUCUGCAGAAGUGCCAGUUUUGCCGACAACUGAAGUACGCUACCAGCCUCACGAAAAUCUCUUUGCGGACAACUCAGGCAAAUCCAGUAACAACCAACCGAUUCCAAAUAAUGAUGAUUUUUUCGACGAAGUCCAUCUCACCCUAUCCAAAUUGAAUCCUCGAAUCAUGGUCGGAACAUACCAGCAGCGCACCAUCCCAUUUCGUAGUGCUUCCUUCUCCCAGAUCGACGUCGGUGCGGAUGGAACAUACAAUCGACGACCGAGGACAUCUAUAACUUUGAAACCUGUAACAUAUAGCAUAGGAAGAGACGUAGCCAGCAACUCCAGCUUGCCCUAUUCUGGUUCACUUCCUCGCCGGCUGAAAAUCAACGAGCGCAAUUGCGGAGAAACAUCAAACAUCUCCAAAUUCCACGUAGCAGAGGACAAGAAAGGCAUUUCUACGGUUCCAAUUGCGAUCUCAAACACAAGUGAUUCUGAAACUAUUAAAGACACCACGUGCCAGUCUAGCUCAUUUCAUACUUUAGUUCACCGUGAUUGCUUAACAAAAGACGAUGGGACACCUUUUUGUCGCAAGCUUACGGAUGAGUCCACCAAAGAGCUGGAGGAAUUGAACAAUCUAAAUCCUGAGGAGCUCGAGUUGGUGACAAAGAAUCAAAAAUUGUGCUCCGAUACACUACUGAAUGGCGAGGAAUUGGCGAAGCCACCGUCGGUCAAUGAUUCUAAUCAAAAUACCGAAGCUUUGCCUACUUCGAAAGGUUUCGGCGUGUUCCAGUACGUUGGCCAUACAACUUGUCUGCCUGAAGUGGCAAACGAAGUCAAAGAAGAAGCAGCUGAGGCCGUCGAUUUAACUUCUUACGAAACCACAGAGGUGUCAAUUUCCGCUGAAAUCCGUUUGAGCCCACUGCCAAAUGUCGACGCUGAAACUAACGAGCUAGACGUAUCGGAGACCCGUACUGACGCCGAACUUUUGACAAAUGCAAAGCCUUUGCCUGUACUGGAUUUGCUUGAGCUCAAUAACCACCUGCUGCGAUUAAGGGCCGCUACGCGUGACAGCACGCUGGAUCGCUUGGCCGAUUUAGAAGUGGCAGCUCAGUUUGGCGAGCCCAUUCCAGUACUUUCGCCCAGCGUGGAGUCUUCGGGUGCGUCGUCAAGAAACAGUGUGGUAAGGACUUCAGACCAUUCCGAAAGCCGACCUUGGCUAAACGAGCUCUUGCGGCUGGCCACCAAUUUUGAGCGAGAAGAAAAUGGCUGGAACCCUUCUGACGAUAGCUGCCCAGUCCAUUUGAUAAGAGAAUCUUCUACCAUAGUCGAUCCUCUGGUGAAACCUGACGAGACAUGCCAAGCAUUUGAUGAACUGCCCACAUCGAACUCAUGCGCCCAACCUGUUUUACAUCCGGAUAUCUUGACUACUUCACUUGCAGACGCCGAUAAACCGCCAAAUGACGUGACUAACAAAAGGUCGGCAGUUGCAAGAAAAGGUUCGAAGCGACGCCGUCGUCAUUCGUCGACGGUUAUUGAUAAUUGCGCGGGAAAUAAUAGGCGCUUUCACCCGAAGUCCGACAGAGGCCGUUCCCUGACAUUCCCGCCAGCUUCCUGCUGGUCGAACCAAAUGUACUUAAUGUACGGUGAUGAGAACAAUCUUUUGCGAAUCAGGGGAGCAAGCAGACUAUCUUCUCCCGAAGAUGCCGACGCAACAUCUACUGACAAUGUGGACAAGGCCAACACAACACACUUCACUGCAGACAACGAAGACAGCCAACGCGCCGAACGCGACCCAAGCGUAGGGAGCCCCACCUUCAACGAGACCACUAAUCGUUUUCAACCCAUUCAUACCGCAGCCGAAAAAUGCACAAGCCACCCGACACCAAAGUAUUCACUGGUAGAAAUUUCUCUGACCAACCGCUCUCAGGCGCUCGAAAUUCCAGAGGAACCUGGUGCGGAAAUUCCGUCUUGCGCAUCUUGUCUUCUUGUGGGCUCGACUUUGGAUGAUAAUGAAAUUGUAACAGACACUUUCGUUCGUGAAAUUCCACAAUGCCAACUUUUGGUGAAAGAAGGGCAUUAUGCCUCAGUUGAGUCAGAUGAAGUAGAGGACUCUGCAUGCGAAGACCUCUUGAAACAAGCUAGCCCAAAUGAGGCCCAGCACCUCCAGGUCGCAAAGAUUGACGAGAAGCAUUGUGAGGAACACGAAGCUGCAUCCAUUCUCGACAGUGAAACCAAUGCACCGGCAAAGGCGAAUCAUCGCCUAAUGGUAUCGCUUUCGGUGACGCUAGCGCCCGAGCUGAGUAGCGCCAAUCCGGAAACUCAUCACAUGUCGCUAUCCCCAUUUUGUUCUGACCUAGAAACCGGUGCGUUCAACCUAUCCACCGAAAAAGUUCAGAGGAGCCCUCAAAAUCCUAGGCGUUACGGGCUGAAACGCAGGCCUCUUCGUGGCCCGUAUGGCGAAAUGUUAGAAGCAGAAAUGAAUAAAUCAGAAUUCAAUAAAAUGUAUGCUAAACGGAACGAAGAUCUUAGUUUCCUUCGCGAACUUAGUCCACGCGGGAAUCGUGAUGCCAAAUCCAGCUCGCCGAGGCCGUUGAGUCCGCCAACUUCGUGUGGCACGCACACCCUUAUCAGUGAGCCAGUGUCAUCCAAUUGGGCAAGCGUAACGGCUAGUGUUCGACAAAAUUCUGCUAGUCCUUCCACAUCUCAUUCACUGGACGAUUCACAACUGAAAAUUGGAUACAAUGCCACCAGCCUACCGAUUGACAUCUCCGACCGAUCAUCUCGCCAUCAACGACUUACCGUACCAAAGCGUAAAAGCAGUGCAAAUGCCCCUUAUGAUUUGCUGGACAGCGACUCAGAGGUGGGUAACCAUAUGACAGGCGCCAACUUACUUCCGGCCAUGUCGUCGCCUCCUCUGGGUUGUUUGGAUAACCGCCAUGCCCUACCGAUAGGGAUAGAAAGCGGUGCCCAUAUAAAAGCCAUCCCACUGCCAUCGCAUCAGCGUACGUUAUCGAGUCCGUGCCAACUUGUAUUACACGAAGGUGGAUUUACGUCUGAGGACGAACCUGACUUACUGGAAUUGACGUCGCUUAGUUCACUGAGCAGAUCCACCGCCCAGCUGCUAAACUCAGAGUCCAGCAACACUGACCAUCUCCCGGUUACAAGACUGGGAUCGGCCAAACGUUCAAGGGAUACUCGAACACAUGCAAUUGGCGAGUUGUACGAUACGGAGCGGUCUUACGUUGAAUCUCUUCAGAUCUUGGUCACGAAAUAUUUACAACCAUUAAAAAGUCCUGAAUGUUCCGGAUUGGUGGAAACAAAUCUUGUGGAUGAAAUAUUCUAUCAGAUUCCAGCUAUUUUGGCCCACCACGAGGUAUUUCUGGAGGAAUUGCGCAAGCGCUUAGAAUCGUGGGAUAUCAAACAGUGCGUCGGUGGUGUUUUUCUGGAUACGCUCACUAAACCUUCGGUCAUUGAGACGUAUACUGCUUACAUCAACCAUUGGAAACACGCAAAUGAGGCGAUCAAAACGGCUUGUCUGGCCAAAUCUGCCUUUUCCAAAUUUCUAGAGGCCACCGCCCGAGAGCAUAAAGGCAAACUAGCCCUGGAUUCUCUACUAAUUAUGCCCGUUCAAAGGAUACCUCGCUAUGAAUUGCUUAUUAAGAUGUUGCUGAAGCAUACACCACGGGAGCAUCCUGAUCACGCUCUUUUAUUGGACGCUCAAAAAGAAGUCCAUGAAUUAGCUGUUAAGAUUAACUGUGUCGAGCGUGAAGCCUAUGGCGCUGAGCAACAGCAAGCAACCCUGCGCGAACUAGAGAGUCUUGUUGAAGGCCUGGGUCCAGGAAACUUAGCGACACCUGAAAGAGCAUUUAUUCGUCAUGACUGCGUCACUAUUCCUUCGGCACUAGGCACCAGGAAAGAAAGAGGCUUCUUCCUUUUCUCCGAUCUACUUGUUAUCACUAGCGUCAAACGAAGGAGCGCUGCCAUGCGAAAAUCUUCUUCGUAUUCGACUAGCGGAAUCGCCAGCACUUUGGAAGCAAACAAAUUCAAGCUUCUGAUGCGGGUGCCUCUUGAUGACCUGGAAGUGACCAAAAAUAAAGAUGAGGGUUCAAAGCGGUCGACCAAAGACUUGGAACACGUAGAAGAAGAUUUGGCGAUUUUGAAUCAAAUUACAGAGCUGGUGACUCUGCUACACGUGUCCCAUUCCACCCUCGACGAAGUAAUUAAGGAAAUACAACAAGGAAUUCAACGACAGCUGAACGAUAAACAAAACAUAUCGACGGAUUCGCAGUUGGCCACCCUAGCGCUAUCCAUUUGCACCCGCGAUGGCAUUGAGACCCUGUCCGUGGCCUUCGCCACCUCAGAAAAGCGAGCAAGUUGGGAGGAGUCGUUUACUGAAACUAAGCUUAAGCUCAGAGCUAUGUCUCCUGAACGCCGACCUCCACCCGAAUUCUUAAUGCCGUUGCCAAUACGUAAAACACGAGCCGGUCUACAAUUCACUUGUGCUGCUCCAACAGUAACUUGGAAUACUCAACACCUCAAUGACGUUUGGGUCUGCAAUAGUGACGGUUACGUUGGUCAAGUAUGCAUACUUAGUCUACAUCCCGAACCGAAUGUUACGUCAUGCAACGGAGUAUGCAACGCUCGCAUUACCUGUAUAGCAGCCAUUCCAGCCGCACCUUCGACGACAGACGAAUCAGCCAGCAAUUUAGGCAGAUCCAUGUUUAAGAACGACUCCAAGUUUGAAUCCUCGACAUUUUGCGCCAGUAACCCGAACGAAAUCAAAUCUUCUGUCUGCAACAAAUUCGAACUUGAAAGUGAAUCCAGUUCUGAAAGUUCCGGAAGCGAAGACAGUGCUGACGAAGAUCCUGCCAAUUAUAAUCGAUACCGUUCCGACUCCAUUCCCAUUGAAGUUAAUGUUUUACCCGCCACUGAGGAAGCCGAUACAACGAAUCAAGCAACUAUGUGGUUGGGAACAGAGGACGGUUGCAUCCACAUUUACCACUGUGGUGAAAACAUUCGAUUAAAAAAGAAUCGUACACGAAUACAGCAAGGCGCAGCUGUUUUGUGCCUCGUGUACAUGGAUAAUUGCGUUUUCGCAUCGCUCGCCAAUGGAGAUGUAUUGAUUUAUCAACGCUCACCAAGUGGGAUAUGGAACAUCAGCGAACCGAAAUGCGUUGCAGUUGGUAGCAUAAUAGGGCCAGUUACGCGCAUGCUACCCGUAGGCAGUGGCCUCUGGUGCACCUCUCAGAAUACCGUCAAGAUACUCAACACGUCUACCUUGUCGAUUGAUGACGAUUUCGCUGUGAGUUCUGAUUCGCAGAGGAAUGUACUGAGUUUGGCAUGCAACGGAUUAGGCGUGUGGGUGGCAAUGCAGGGGUCGGCAGUCGUCCGACUUUUUCACGCGCUCACUCACGAGUGCAUUUCUGACGUCAAUUUGGCUCCUGCCGUAAACAAGAUGCUUUCAGGUUGCGAUGAUAUAAUUCGUCAACAUAAGGCCGCCUGCUUGCGUGUCACGUCCAUGAUGGUGUGUCGUGAUCUUUUGUGGGUUGGUACUAGCGCCGGGGUGAUCCUGACCAUUCCUACUCCACAUCUGACUCCGACAUCGUCCCGGCUAUCUUCUCCACCUUGUGUUACAGGUUUAUCGCACGGACAUACUGGCCACGUCCGGUUCCUUACAUGCGUCGAAUCCAUCCGUGACUCGCACUUGCUGCGCUCUUCUCGCCUACACCAUAACGCUCACCACGGUCUGUCAUUGAAGAACAAAGACUCUUUGGCGAGCGUCAUAUCGUCGUCGACUAACGUCUCGAGUCACGGUACUCGGCUGUUGGUCAUUUCGGGCGGCGAUGGCUACGAGGAUUUCCGGCACAGUGGAUUGUCUGACAGCGUCGGCCGCGAAGACUCAACAAAUCAUCUUUUGCUUUGGCAAGUCUGAGUUUACUGCCCCGCAACUAUUUCUGAUGCAGUUGCGGUUGUGAUACCCUAAACCCUACCAAUGUAUCGCCUGGUAUGCGCACUGUCUAGCUUUUCCGCCAACCCAAUCCCUGCGAUGUGCAAAACGGACGGCUAGGAUGCGCACACCUAGAACCUGGACAUCUUCGAAAAAUGUUUAGGGUUUUCCUUUUUUUUUCUUUUUUUCUUUGACUUUUGAUUUUCACGUCUAGUCCAUUCGAAAUGACAAUGCGCUUACACUUGAGCGCCGUAAUUUUAUUGAUGCACGUAAUGUUAUAUUCGAUCAAUAUUUUCUAACCCAUUCGUCGGUCUGCUGUCAACUGCUCGCGUUCAUUUCCUUCGUUUUGUCGUUGGUCUAUAUAUCUGCUAUACUGUAGACGUCUUUUAUAUUUUGGUAUACUGUAUAUUACCUAAAAAACAAAUUAAUAUUCUCCAUCAAACUGUUUUUGUUUUGGAUUCUGUUCAGAGGGCGGAUUUGAGAUUAUACGGCAAAAGUGCUCGACAA